GGUCAGAUGCAGGAGCACUUUGAAAGACUCUUACUGAAAGCCAAAGACGAGCUGGAGGUGCUCAGAGAGAAGUUCAACAUGACCGACCAGGAGCUGAAAAUUACCCAAAAACGGUGCAAGGAAAGAGAGAGUGAUGUGGAAGAUCUAAAGCAACAGCUGCAGUUUGAAAUGAUGAGCAAAACAAGUGCACUGGGAGAUGAUCAUUGCUCUGAGGAUGAAGAACAAUGGCUGAGUGCAGAGAGCGAAAACCUCCAGUGCAGACUGGACAAGGAGAGGCGGAUGUCGGCUGACAUUCAGUUGCAGUCGUCUAUCUUUCAGAAGUUUUCGUUAAAUUGUCACCAUGCAGACCAGGAAAAGAUUGCAGAGCUGGAGCGACAGAUCGAGAUUUCUUCACAAGACCUUGAGGAUGAGAAGCAGAAUUGUUCAUAUUUAAAGAAUCAAAUGGUCCGAGUUCUGAAGAGGCUGCAAAAACCUAAAGACCAUGUGACAAAACAGUCAAAGAGAGACCAGCAGGAUAGCGCCUCGUGUGAAGCGGCCUCCCUGCACCCCGGAGAGAGCCUGACACGGUCUCCUCCCAGCAGCUCGCUGAAUGAAAGCUUCCUGGAGUGUCCGAGCUGCCAAGCCGAGUAUCCAGCCAGUCACUACCGAGAACUGAUGAGCCACCUCGAGACCUGUUGCGACUGAGUCGAGAACGUUUUAAAUUCUGUUUCUUCUGUUAUAUGGAUGGUUUUUUGUGUGCCUACAGUACACCGUGUAACCAGAGGUACAUUUAUCUUAAUAAACUACCAGUUGAGUUGCUGUGUAGGUGCUUCAGAGUAUUUUGAAUGAACCCACAGAAGCUUUGGUGAUGCUUCCUUACUUUAUGAGAAGAUGGCAGAGUUGUAGCCUCCUUUCAAAGUCCAUAGAGAAUUGAUUGUUCUGACUGACUCACACCUUUCCUCUGGCAGCACGUUAACGUCACAACAUC